CGCCCCAAACCCCCCAAAACGGCGCCGCCCGGCUGGUUUGGGGCUGUCAGCAGCUGUCCGGCGCUGGGCAUGGAGCGUGUGCGGGGAGCUGGGGCCGUGCUGGCGGUGCUGGUGGUGCUGGGAGCCCCCCCGGCUGCGGGCGAGGAGCUGUCGGGGGUGUUCCAGUUUAUGGGAAAGUCCGAGUGUCACUUCAUCAACGGCACCGAGCAGAUGAGGCUCGUGGCGAGGUACAUCUACAACCGGGAGCAGUUUGUGCACUUUGACAGUGACGUGGGGGUCUAUGUGGGGGAUACCCCAUUUGGGGAGAGCUGGGCCAGAUACUUCAACAGCAUCCCGGGAACGCUGGAGUACCGUCGGUCUGCGGUGGACAGGCUCUGCCGGCACAACUACGACGGGUUCACUCCGUUCCUGGUGAACCGCAGAGGUGAGCUGCCCCACAGUGUGUCCAUCUCGCUGGUGCCGUCGAGCUCCCAGCCCGGCCCCAGCCGCCUGCUCUGCUCUGUGAUGGAUUUCUACCCUGCGCCGGUGCAGGUGAGGUGGUUCCAGGAUGGGCAGGAGCUGCUGGAGCACGUGGUGGCCACCGACGUGAUCCCCAACGGGGACUGGACCUACCAGGUGCUGGUGCUGCUGGAAAUCCCCCCCCGGCACGGGGUCACCUACAGCUGCCAGGUGGAGCACGUCAGCCUGGAGCACCCCCUCAGCCGGCACUGGGAGAUGCCACCGGACACCGUCCGCAGCAAGAUCCUGGUGGGGGUCGGGGGCUUCGUCUUGGGCUUGGUCUUCCUGGCGCUGGGGCUCGGCUUCUACCUGCGGGAGAAGAGCUCCUGAGCCACCGGCGGCCGCAGCCCCUCCCUGUGGCCUCGGGCCCAGCCGGGAAACCCAAACCCUGCGCUGAUUUGGGCGGGUUGCCUCUCCCCCCCUUCCCUGCUUUUGUUCUCACCCCACCCAGCUGCUCCCAA